AUGUCAGCUCCUCCGUCCUGGUUAUUCUCCAAUAACUUCACCAAGACCAACGACACCGCCCCUACCACCAUUACCACGUCGCAACAAGACAAGAUGGUCCAGAAGGAGAAGAAAUCGGAGAAGAAGGGCAAGGCCGUCGCCGCACCUACCCAGCAGGCCCCUCCUGACCAAUUGAUGGAUCUCGUUGACUCCUUCCUCUCCGAGAACGCAUUCACCUCCGCCCACGAGGCCUUCCAGAAGCAGCGCACCCAGAGCGGCUGGAAGCCUUCCAAGAAGCAGACCACCCGUCCCGACCUCGUCACCAUCUUCCAGACCUGGCAAACCUCUCUCGAUGUCAAGGCCGUGAGCAGUGACAGCGACACCUCCUCGAGCGACAGCGACAGCAGCAGCGACGAUGAGGACGUGGAUAUGGCCGAUGCCGCUGCCGACAGCGAUAGCUCCAGCAGCUCAAGCUCAAGCUCCGACUCUGAUUCGAGCAGCGAUAGCGAGAGCGAGAGUGAGGACGAGAAGCUCGCACCCAAGGCCGCGACCAAGAAUGCUCUGAAGCGUAAGGCGCCCGAGUCGGAUAGCAGCAGCAGCGACAGUAGCAGCGACGAGUCCAGCUCCGACGAGUCCAGCUCCGAAGACGAGGCCCCCAAGGCCAAGAAGCAGAAGGUCAAGAAGGACGACAGCAGCGACUCCUCUGACUCCUCUUCCGACUCCAGCUCGGACAGCUCCAGCGAUUCCGACUCUUCUGACUCCGACUCCGACUCUGACUCUUCCGACAGCGAUUCGGACAGCGAUUCCGACUCUGACGGCUCCUCGGCCGCAAAGGUGCCUCUUCCCGAGUCCGGCUCUGAUUCUUCAUCCUCCGACUCUGAUUCCGACUCGGACUCGGACUCGGACAAAGACACCAAGAAGAAGUCGGCCAAGAAGGCCGCCAAGACCGCCGACUCAGCCUCCAACUCCUCUGCGACCCUGGAGAAGACGUCCCCCGAGGCCUCUACCGCUGCCGACCCCCCUCUGCCCCCCGAUCCCAUGCUGAACCGCCCUAACAACCGUGGUGGCAAGGGCGCCAACGGCAAGGGGAAGGUGCCCAACAAGCCCUUCUCUCGCAUCCCCGACGAGGUUUACGUCGACCCCAAGUUUGCCAGCAACGAGUACGUCCCCAAUGACUACUCGCAGCGCGCGCACGAGGACCUCAUCGUCACCAAGGGCAAGGGCUUCACCAAGGAGAAGAACAAGAAGAAGCGCGGCAGCUACCGCGGGGGCAUGAUCGACAUCUCGGAGAAGAAGGGCAUCAAGUUUGACUAUUAG